UUGUUUCAUGUACUUCCGGGUUGCUCCGGAGCUAUUGAAGUCAGUUGAGUUUGCAGUUCGCACUUUGUUGAAAACAAUCAGGCGAACAAUCGGCUGCAUUGUGAAGAUUUGCCAAUUUGAACGGUGGGGGCUCGUCGCUAGUUUUGCCUUCGGCGAAACGCACUUGACGUUUUUCCGUCCCUCUGUGCGGCUAAUGAAGACUAAGCUAAGCGUGCUAACCGACGACCAUCUGCUCGUCUGUUUUCGUCUUUCGGUGAAAGCGUUGAGAAGGAAAAUCUCCAACAUGGGCUCCAAUGAGCGCUGUCAGUAGCGGACUAAAGACGAGAAAUAGUCCAGAAGCCAUGCUGACUUAGAAGUGGCCGGCCGCAGUGACCUUUCACCCGCUUCCCAUCGGCUGGCAGACCUCAUCCGGUGACGACCAUGUCUGACAACCAGCCCAACAACAACGUCCCGCUCAACAACAACAACAACAACAUGGGGCCCAACAGGAUCCGCAACCCCAACAUCAACCAGAACCCCCUCAUCAACGUUCGAGACCGCCUCUUCCACGCGCUCUUCUUCAAGAUGGCCGUCACCUAUGCUCGCCUCUUCCCGCCGUCGUUUAGGAGGGUCUUUGAGUUCUUCGUGCUCCUCAAGGCUCUCUUUGUCCUUUUCAUCCUGGCCUACAUCCACAUCGCCUUCUCUCGCUCGCCCAUAAACUGCCUGGAGAGAGUGAGGGAGCGCUGGCCUCGCGACGGGAUCCUUCGCGUGGAGAUCCAGCGGAACUCCAGCCGGCCGCCUGUCUUCCUGCAGUUCUAUGACUCGCAGGAGGAGGGCGGCGGUGGCGGAGAAACCUUUGCUGGCCUGAGUCUGGCGGCGCUGCAAGAAGACGACGAUGAUGAAGAGGAGGAGAUGAUGCUGGACAUGUUUGACAACAGCUCAGUGCAGUUUGAGCUGGACCUGGAGCCUCGUCUGAAGCCGUCUCUGAUUGGACGAGCGGGAGUAGGGGAGGCGGGAGCGGCAGGCGGGACCAACGACAGCCGGGACGUUUCCUUCAGUCACAUCGCCAAAGGUAGGCGGUGGCUUGGCCUGAAGCUCCGCCUCCCCACCGUUCAUCAUCACACUCGACGCUUUCAUCUUGCAGGCUGGCCGCAGGAGGAGUACAUGGUGGAAUAUUCUCUGGAGUACGGCUUUCUUCGUCUGUCGCAGAGCACGCGGCAGAGGCUCAAUAUUCCUGUCAUGGUCGUCACCCUGGAUCCCACCAAGGACGAGUGUUUCGGCGACGGCUUCAGUCGCUUCCUGCUGGAUGAGUUUUUAGGUUAUGACGACAUUCUGAUGUCCAGCGUCAAGGCGCUGGCUGAGAACGAGGAGAACAAAGGCUUCCUCAGGAACGUGGUCUCUGGAGAACAUUAUCGCUUCGUCAGCAUGUGGAUGGCCAGAACGUCCUACCUGGCCGCUUUUGUCAUCAUGGUCAUCUUUACUCUGUCUGUGUCCAUGCUGCUCAGAUAUUCGCACCACCAGAUCUUCGUCUUCAUUGUUGACCUCCUUCAGAUGUUGGAGAUGAACAUGACUAUUGCCUUCCCAGCAGCCCCCCUUCUCACAGUUAUCCUCGCCCUCGUGGGUAUGGAGGCCAUCAUGUCGGAAUUUUUCAACGAUACCACGACGGCCUUUUACAUCAUCCUCAUUGUGUGGUUAGCCGAUCAGUAUGACGCCAUCUGCUGUCACACCAACACCAGCAAACGCCACUGGCUGAGGUUCUUCUAUUUAUACCACUUUGCCUUCUACGCAUAUCAUUACCGCUUCAACGGCCAGUACAGCAGCCUGGCGCUGGUCACGUCGUGGCUCUUCAUCCAGCACUCAAUGAUCUACUUCUUCCACCACUACGAGCUGCCCGCCAUCUUGCAACAGAUUCGCAUCCAGGAGAUGCUCCUGCACAACCAGCAGGCGGGGCAGGCCGACCACACGGCGCUACAGGACAGCCUCAACAACAACAACAACGCCGCCGGCGGACCUCCGCCGGAGCCCUCCGCCGCCGCUCUCCGGCCGCAGCUGGAAAGUCCCCCGGCCGCCUCUGCCGGCGAGGUGCGCUCGGAGCUCAACUGGGUGGCUCAGACGGCCGCCGUUAUCACGGAAGCGCUGGUGUCCUCCGGCCAGGAGGGGGCGACGAACGCUGAAGGCGGAGAGGUGGCCGCCUUCUGGGUAAGAGGAGGAGGAUCAGAUGGCGAUGGGGGUGGCGCUAGUGGAGAAAUGGAACCUUCGGCGGCGGCAGGAAGCACCGUCGCCCUAAUCUGCCCCCCCACCCAAACAGACUGCACAGCGCAGCAGCAGAGCCCCACCCACAUUUCCUGAGACGACGCGACGUCGUCCCCUAUCGCGCGCAGCGGAAGACAAUAAUCCGAAAGAAUCAAUGGGCUUUGUCGAAGAAGGCCCGAUGAACUGCUUUCCGAAACGAGUCGCGUGACCUCGUCACCUAUCUGUAAUCAUGGCUUGACGUGCUUUUAGUUUGAAUAAAACACACUCGUUGUUUGCCUUCUGAA